AUGGCUCAAGAGGUGUUUAAGGGCUUUAGAGCUUUGACUACUGAAGAUUGGCAGUUUGACGAUUGCAAGUUGGCAAGAUCAGGUCCUCCAGCAACAAUUGUAGCAAUUGAUGAAGAAAGUCGAAAUGGAACACUUCUGGUGGACAACUUACAAAUUACAGGCCAUGCAGGCGGCUCAAAUCCUACUAUUGCUUUAUCGUUGAAAGGCAACAAUGACUAUUGGGUCCUUCUGGAUGCCGUCAAUCAGAGGCUGUAUUUGAACAGUACUGGCCGAGUUCUUGACCGAGAUCCUCCAUCAAAUAUCCAGUCCAUUGUUGUUGUACUCGAUUGCCUAAACCUGCGGGUUGGAAGUGUCAUCAAGCAUGAAGUGCGAAUUAUAGUUAGGGAUCGGAAUGACAACUCUCCGUCUUUUCAGCAAUCAAGAUACCACGUGGAAAUCAAUGAGUUAACGCCAGUUGGGACGACGGUCUUUACUGGCUUCUCAGGAAGAAAUGGAGCAACUGACAUAGAUGACGGUCCUAAUGGGCAGAUUGAAUAUGUUAUUCAAUAUAAUCCAAAUGAUCCCGAAUCCAGUCAGACAUUUGACAUCCCGCUCACCUUGUCAGGAGCUGUAGUUUUAAGGAGAAGGUUAAAUUAUGAAGAAAAAACACGUUACUAUGUCAUUGUUCAAGCCAACGAUCGAGCUCCAAAUCCAAACAAUAGAAGGACCAGCACAGCAACAUUGACAGUUGAUGUACUUGAUGGAGAUGAUCUUGGCCCAAAAUUCCUUCCAUGUGAACUGGUCAAUAAUACGAGGGAUUGUCGUCCUCUUACAUACAAGGCCAGUUUGCCUGAGCUUACGGAGCCAGCAAGGAUAAACCCAGUGAAUGUUACACCUCGAAUUCUAGCUGUUGACCAAGAUAUAAACAUUAAACCAACUGAUGAUCAACCAGGAAUUGUCUACAGUAUUCUUGUUGGUACUCCAGAGGAUUAUGCUAAGUACUUUUCCCUGAAUAAUAUCACUGCAGAGCUCUAUCUCCUAAGGCCAAUAAACAGGGAUUUUCAUCAGAAAUUUGAUUUGGUUAUUAAGGCAGAACAAGACAAUAGACACCCAUUGCCAGCUUUUGCCAAUUUGCACAUAGAGGUUCUAGAUGAAAAUAACCAAGCCCCUUACUUUGAACAAACUACCUACCAGGGCUUUAUCAUUGAAUCUGCACCAGUGGGAACAACCAUUUCAGACAGUCGAAAUUUAACAACGCCAUUAGGAAUUGUAGCCAUGGAUAAUGAUGUGGAGGAGACAAAAGACCCAAAGCUGCGAAUUUUGCUGAGCGACUUUGUUACAGCGUUUACUGUCACCCCUUUUGGUAUAACUCGCUAUCUGACUUUACAUGAGCCUGUUGACCGGGAACGUCAGCAAAAUUACACUUUUACGAUGACUGCUUCUGAUGGUGUUCAAGAAAGUACUUCAGUCACUGUCAAUGUCUUUGUGAUCGAUGCAAAUGACAACACUCCGAUUUUUCAAAACAUUUCUUACAAAGUGAAUGUUUACACUGACAUGAAGCCUGGAGAAUCUGUCAUACAGCUUACUGCAUCUGAUGCUGAUGAAGAGAAGAACGGACAAAUUAUUUAUGAAAUUGUGACUGGCGAUGAUGGUGACUUUGUAAUAAGUAACAGCAGUGGAUUGAUUACCAUUGCUCCUGGAGUUAGUUUAAAUGUUGGUCGGAUUUAUGCUCUUACUGUCAAAGCAACAGAUAAUGCCAGGCUGGCUGAAAGGAGAAGCUCAAUUACUACAGUCUAUAUUGAGGUUCUUCCUCCAAACAACCAGAGUCCUCCAAGGUUUCCACAAAUGCUGUACAACAUUGAAGUGAGUGAAGCUAUGAGAACAGGGGCAACGUUGCUGAAUUUGAGGGCAACAGACCGUGAGAAGGAUCCAAUCACCUAUCACAUUCAAAAUGGAGAUCCACAGCACGUUUUCAAAAUUAUUCAAAACAGCGGACUACUAGUCUUAGAAAAGUCUUUAGACAGAGAAAGUACGGAUCGAUACAUUCUUAUUGUCACAGCAUCUGAUGGCAAGCCUGAUUCGACUUCAACUACAACUGUCAAUAUUGUGGUUACUGACGUGAAUGACAAUGAUCCAAACUUUGACACCAUCCUUCUUAAGAACUUUACUGUAUUGGAAGAGGAAGCAAAUAUCUAUGUGGGCCAAGUCAGGGCUACGGAUCCAGAUGCUGGUGUCAAUGGACAAAUUCGAUACAGCUUGGCAAAUUUCCAUAACCUUUUCAGAAUCACAUCAAAUGGUAGCAUUUACACAAUGACUUCCUUGGACCGAGAAACAGAAGACAAGUACAAUCUCCUUGUGGAGGCUUCAGACGGAGCAGUGGAUCCUCGUCACUCAACCGUGACUGUACCAAUCAGGGUUCUCGAUGUUGAUGACAACAGCCCUGUUUUCUCGCAAUCAACCUAUGUAGUUUCUGUACCAGAAAACAAUGAAGCUGGAAUUAUUAUUCUGCAAUUACAGGCAACAGAUGCUGAUCUUGGUCCAAAUACAACUUACCGUAUAAGAACAGAUGAAGCUAGGAAAUUGUUUUCUGUCAACCAGUGGACAGGAGAAUUGUCAAUUUUAGAGACUGUGGAUUAUGAAUCUCUGUCUACUGCAGAUGCAAGCUAUACGUUUGUUGUCGAGGCACUGGAUAGGGGGGGAAGCAUGCCUCCAGGUUUAGCGACUGUGAUUGUCCAAGUAAAGGAUAUGAAUGACUACUCACCCGAAUUUAGCGAGCCUUCCUACAAAGGGCUGGUGGCACCAGAUGCUCUCAAAGGCAGCUUCAUCACUGUUGUCUCAGCAGAAGACAAGGACCCCCCUGGGAGUCCAGCAAGCAGAGUCAGAUAUAAAGUGGAUAUGACAGAAUUUCCCUACAGUGCAAGCAUAUUUGAAGUGGAGGAAGAGACAGGACGGGUACUUACCCGAGUGAAUCUCAAUGAGGAACCAAGUACAAUUUUCAAGCUGGCAAUUGUUGCAUAUGAUGAUGGAGAGCCAAUGAAGUUUAAUACAACAAUAGUGGAAAUUACAGUUCUGCAGCCAUCAGUCAUUCCACGUUUUACACAGGAAGAUUACAGGCCUCCACCUGUAAGUGAAAGUGCUCCAAUAGGAACUGUAGUUGUCACUGUAACUGCAGCUGCUAUCAAUCAAACAAUAGUGUAUUCAAUUAUAGCAGGAAAUGAUGCUGGUGUAUUUAGGAUCAACAAUCGUACAGGAGUCAUCACAACAAAUAAAACUUUGGAUUAUGAAUCUGUAAAAGAUUAUGAAAUUAGGAUCCAGGCAGAUUCAUUGUUGUUCUUCAAAUCAAACCUGAGGGUUCCUUCAAGAACGAACACAGCUAAGGUUUUUAUCGAGGUACAAGAUGAAAAUGACCAUGCUCCUGUUUUCACCAAGUCUCUCUACCUCGGUGGGGUAACUGAAGAUGCCAAGACGUUCACCACUGUGCUGCAAGUUGAGGUUGAAGAUCAGGAUAGUGGAAACUACAGCAUUUCUCAGUUCCGAUUAAUCAUACCACCCACAAAGGAUGGAAAGGAUGGAUUUGUAAUAGAAGAGUAUACUGGUGCAAUCAAGACAGCAAUUACAUUCAGAAACAUGAGACGGUCUUAUUAUAAGUUUGAAGUUAUUGCAACAGACAACUAUGGAACAGAAUUAAGCAGUAGUGCACAAGUUGUUGUGUCUGUCGUCAAUGAACUGGAUAUGCAAGUGAUUGUUUCCAAUGUCCCACCUACCCUGGUGGAACAGAACAAAGAUCAGUUGAUUGGAAUUCUUGAACGUUAUGUACAGGAUCAGAUUCCUGGAGCAAAGGUAGUAGUGGAAUCCAUCGGUCCUCGCAGACAUGGAGAUGGCUUUCAGGAAGAAGACUAUUCCAAGUCAGAUUUGAUGGUUUAUGCCAUUGACCCUUUGACAAACAGAGCAAUUUCAAGGAAUGAGCUCUUCAAAUUUCUAGAUGGCAAACUUCUAGAUAUAAAUAAAGACUUUCAGCCUUACUUGGGACAAGGAGGUCGUAUUCUGGAAAUUCGCACGCCGAGUGUGGUGGCAAAUGUACAGAAACAGGCACAAGCUGUGGGCUAUACAGAAGGUGCUCUGCUGGCUCUGGCUAUCAUUAUCAUCCUCUGCUGUUUACCUGCAAUUCUGAUUGUUAUGGUAACCUACAGACAAUUCAAGGAGCGACAGGCAGAGUGUGCAAAGACAGCGAGAAUCCAGAUGGCUUUGCCAGCAGGGAAAUCAACUAGUGGCCCUGCUACGAACCUCUAUGAAGAACUGGGGGACAACACCAUGAGGGGAUAUGGACAACAGGAGCAACAGCAAUUACUGAGGCCCUCGCUGCUUAGACCUGAGGAACUCUCCAUGGAGUCAGGAAUUGAUCCUGGCCAGGACUACUAUGCACAGGAUUACUACAAUUACGAACCUGGGUAUGAGGUCCCACAGUAUGGCAGUCGUCGAAGAUUAAUCUCACCCUCUGGAAUGUAUGAUGACUAUGGAGAGGUGGUCAUGGAAGAUGAUGGUGGCUAUUAUUACAGCCCACAGGGAUCAAAUGCAGAUGCAGAGGCUACGCAGCAAGGCAAAGGUCCUAUUAGAAAAGGCACAAAGCAGGAAGGAGGAGAUCAGGCUCAGGCAGGGACAUCAGGGGGUGAGGCAUUAAGUCCAAGUGGGGAUCCAGAGCAAGCAGGCACCAUGGGAGUUGCAAAGAAAAUGGCAGCAGCAAAGGUUCAAGGUGAAGAAGGAAAGAGGAAGCUGAAGAGUGUGGUGCAGAUUAGUAAAUUAUCAACAGAAUCCAGAAAAGGAGAGGCAGGCAGCGAGCAGCUUGUGGAGUCUUCCAUUUCAUGUCACUCUCGAUGGAAGAAGGCAAAAAUAUUUCCCAUGAUACUUCAGAAAGUCAAGGGUGGUGACAAGGAUUCUAGCUAUGCUAAACUUGUGUCAGCACGCCAUGUGGAAAGCCAAGAUAGUCUGGAAAAUGGCGAUUCAGGAAGUAUGGUCAUUAAUGGAAGCUAUUUUCAGAAGUCAACAGAAAAGCCAACAGAGAAAAAGAAAAUGGGCAAAAUGUUGAAAGGCAUCAAAAUCUCUAAACAGCUACAGCCCAGGCGUAAAUCAGAAAGCUCAAUCAGUAAGACGUCAGUUGCUGAAAGUGAACAAGAAGAUGAAUCUAAGACUCAGACAAGUAGCAUAUCUGAAAAGGAAGAAAAUAAAUCGAAAGUCUCAAUUAGUGUCACGGCAGAGAGCGAUGGGGAAAGGAGCGAUGCUUCUGAAGAAGAUAGUGAGCACCUUGAGAAGAAAAGUGAUUCUUCUAAAAGGACUAGAGAUGAUUUGUCAGUAAGUAGUCUUGAACAAUCAGAAAUUGAAGAUAAAGACUAUCUCAAAGUGACACUAGAUCAAGAUGAAACAACUGAAAGUACAGUGGACUCAGAUGAAGAAAAAGAUGAUGAAUCAGAUGCAACAGAAGAUGUCACAGAAUCUGAACCAGAGGAAGAAGACUUAGAUGAAGGUAAAGAGGAUGAAUCUGAUUUUGAUAAAGAAUCCAAAAGCGAAACCUCUGAAAAGCCUAGUUCUAAAAGUGGACAAACUUCACAGAGUGGAUUGACUGAUACACAAAGUCAAGAUUCAGUAUCAAAGACACCAUCUCAAACUGAAUCUGCAUCAUGUAGUUUUGCUGAAGUAUCAGAUGAAUCUGAUGAAGACACCGCUACUAGCAUGUCAACACAAGCAACAAGUUCUAAAACAGCAUCCCAAGGAAGCAAGGGUACAUCAGUAGCAACAGCAAGUAGUUUGAUGUCAGAUAGUGAGGUCAGUCAGAAAACAACAGACUUAAGCAGUUCUGAAGAAAAAUUAAGCUUGUCACCUCAAGAAAGUAUUAAAAGCAGUGGGACAUCUGCCAUAGGAAGAAGUAAGAGUAGUUCUCGUGAAAUGUUUUCAAUGAGAGGAACAAGUGUAAGUACAUCAGUAACACUCACCAGUGAAUCUGAGGAUAUCAUUGAGGAAGAAUCGGAUGAAGUCCAAGGUACUAUCUCUGAAGCAGAGAAUGAAGAUGUUGAAAGUAGGGAGAGUGAAGAUGAAGCUAGUUGUGUGACUGGUGGGCCAACAUCCGGGUCAACAGUCAGUCAACAAAAUACUUCUGAAAGUAUUAGUCGAAGUAUCAGCGCUUACAGUCAGGUGGCAGAUGACCAGAAUGAGACAAUGAAACAGUCAAUGCAUCUAGUGGGAGUGAAAGUUUAA